AUUUAUGCAAUCAAAAAAAAGAAAUUCCUUUAGAUGUUUUGCCAUCUUUCAGAUAGGAUUGGAAGGCUCGAAAGGAGAAUUCUUAACAGUGCAUAAAAGAGGAUGUUUGAAAACGUUCAAUAGAGAAAAGGUUGAGUUAGAAGAUGCUAUAAAUAUGCAUUUUGAUGGUCAAUCUCAAUUUUAACAAGGUUAAAACAAAGAUUAUUUUGAAUUCCAUAAUUGGAUUGGAAUGAAAAAGCAGUCUAACGAUAAUUGUAUUUAAAUAAUUAAAAUUAGCAUAUUAUUUCCUUCUAUUAUGCCAUUAGAAUGUUAGGAAAAAUGAGGCCUUUAAAUAGCUAUUAACACUUUAAACAUGGAAUAAUGAAAAGUAUAAAAAUAUAGAUCCUUCAAAAUUAGAGGAUGAUAUUAAUAAGUUAGAACAAAAAUAUGGAGAACCUGAUGGGUUUUUAACAGAUGAAGACGAAGAUGAAAAAUAGAGAAAUUUAUAUAAACAACAACAAUAAGAAAAGUAUUAACAAUAACAAUAACAAUAACAAUAAUAAUAACAACAAUAAUAAUAAUAUCAAUAACAAUAACAAUAACAAUAAAAAUAAUAUUAAUAGUAACAAUAAUCUUAAUAAUAAUAAUAACAAUAAUAAAAAAUAGUACAAUAAUAAUAAUUUCAUACUCCUUAAAAAGGCUCUUAAUAGAGAUAAAGUUCAGCAUAAAAAUCUAAAUCUCCAAUUAAUAAAGUAGAAAACGCUAAUUACACUCAAAUCACUAUGAUUAUCUUUAAAAGCGAAGAGUUUAAAUUUAAUAUUAAAUCAAAAGAUGUAGAUUAGGUAGGAAUUUAGUUUGGUAGAAAUGUUUAGAAUGUUAAUCCUUAAGUUGAAAACCCUAUUCAACAGGAAAAUAAAAAAUAAAAAACAAGAUAAAAACAGUAAUUUAUGAAUUAGGAAGCACUUAAAUAAAUGGAUGAAUCUAAUAAACUAAAGCAAGCUGAUGCAUUAAUCAGAAAUUCAAUAGUGGGUGCCCUGGCAAGUAGCACAUUAGCAUUGAUUUUAUGACAUUAUUAUAAUUUCCAAUC